AUGAAGUACACUAUCCUCCUUGCGCUCUGCGUUGCUGGCACGAUGGCGGCGGUGCCCGCCGACGUCGCCAAGCUGUUCGGGCUGACGCCGCACGAGCUGAACAACAUCUGCGAUCUUGGCCCUUGCGUUAACAAUGCGUGCCCGGCCACGGCCAGAGGCCGUUACUGGUGUUGCCCGUACGGCGGUAUGUGCUGCCGUGACAUCCCGAUGGCCACGGACAAGCCGGGCUGUGCCGACAUGAAAAACCUCAUGACUGGCGACUCGGACUGCGAGGCCAAGAAGUCGCUGUGCAAAGACCCGAACUAUGUCGACCUGAUGAAGGAGCAAUCCCCUCUUCUGGAGGCGGAUCCGGAUAUCGGCAAGCGUCGGCCGCGGGCUUGGCACGGGCAACCCCGGAAUGCGCUCGGCAACAGAUGGGCGCAGCUGGUCGUCGACAAUGCCGUGCAGAACGCCCCCGAGGAGGAGCUGAAAGAGCCAGCCGAGAUCCGAGAAGACGAGCAGCAAAAGCAGGCGACGGUGGAUCCAAAGGAUGACGAGGACCGAAUGGAGGACGACCCGGCAGAUGAGGAGAACCCAGAGGCGUUUGAAGAAAUGGCGCGGAUCGAGGAAGAAGGCCAUCGAAAAAGAGGAAAUCUGCCCAGAGCUCGCGCCCUACGCAGCAGAAAAGAUGGAUCCCCUCUUCUGGAGGCGGAUCCGGAGAUCGGCAAGCGUCGGCCGCGGGUUUGGCGUGGGCAGCCACGGAAUGCGCUCGGAAACAGAUGGGUGGCAAAGGAGAAGGUGGUUGACGAUGACGAGGACGAUGACGAGGACAUGAACCAGGGCGCGGUGGAGGACGACCCGGCAAAUGAGGAGAAGAAUGAGAUGGUCAAGUUCGAAGCAAACGACAACUACCCACUUCUUUUUGAGGACCAAAGAUCGGUCUUGUCGCAGCCGAACAGUGAUGACGAGGACUGGGGGUCAAUCUCGGAUUCUGACGUCUACCGGUCGCGCACACACUCGAUACGGGCCAGGCUUUCGGCCGGAAGUGAUGACGAGGGGCCCAGGAUGACCAAAUUGGCGUAUCGACGAAAGCGCGGUGGCGACUGGAAGAAGGUGGGAGCUGCUGAAAUCAAGAAAGAAGCAGCGGCUGAUGAGGAUGAGCUGGAAGUCAACGUCAAGGAGGAACUGUCCGGGGCGGCUGGUCACGUUAUUACAACGACAUAUGACGUGAAAUGGACCGUCAUGCACUUUGAGCACUUGCCCUCGUGGCUUCAGGAUAACGAGUUUUUGCGACACGGUCAUCGUCCACCACUGCCAUCGUUUGCCGAGUGUUUCAAGAGCAUCUGGAGUCUGCACACCGAGACCGGCAACAUUUGGACCCAUUUGCUAGGAUGCGUCGCCUUCUUCCUGCUCGCCGUCUGGUUCCUGACGCGCCCAGAAAAUCACAUUCAGCUCCAGGAAAAGGUCGUGUUCUCGUUCUUCUUCGUGGGCGCCAUCCUGUGUCUCGGCCUCUCCUUCGCCUUCCACACGCUGUCCUGCCAUUCCGUUGGCGUUGUGAAAAUAUUUUGCAAGCUUGACUACAUGGGUAUCUCGCUGCUCAUCAUCGGGUCGUUCAUCCCCUGGAUAUACUACGGGUUCUACUGUCGACGGGAGCCACAAAUUGCGUAUAUAGCACUGGUCUGCAUUCUCGGCGCGGCCGCGAUCACGGUUUCGAUGUGGAACAAAUUCUCCGAGGGUCGCUUCCGGCAGCUGCGAGCUGGCGUGUUCGUGGCCAUGGGAUGCUCCGGUGUCGUGCCCACGGUGCACUACAUCAUCACGGACGGCGUACCUUCACUGUUCAACGAGAACUCGUUCCACUGGCUGCUGCUGAUGGCGGCCCUGUACCUGAUCGGGGCCGGGCUGUACGCCACGCGCACCCCCGAGCGUUUCUUCCCCGGAAAAUGUGAUAUUUGGUUCCAGUCCCACCAGCUGUUCCACACUUGCGUCGUGAUUGCGGCCUUCGUUCACUACUACGGGAUAUAUGAGAUGGCGCUGGCUCGGCUGAAUCAGAAGUGCCCCGCCGAACUCGACGCCACCGACGCCAACCCCUUCAUCCACCCCGAGCUUGAUGAUCUCGCCUAUUUCGACCAAAUCCAGAACACCGUCGUCAAGCUGGCGCUGGCGCGUCCGAAGCCAGGUGUUUUUCAGGGCCACAUCAAUUACAUGCUGAUCGUGGCGACGGUCGUCGACAUCUCGCUGUUUGCCGUCAGCUCGAACGGGCAUGAAGUCUGCGUCACGCCGGAUGCCAUCUACAAGGUUGAUCUCGAAAAUUCCAUCGUCAACGAUAUUGUCGCCACCGACAAUGGGCGUAUCUUUUUCGUGGCGGACGAUGCGCUCUUCGAGCUCGAAUACACGGAUAGCGCGUGGUUCGGCAAGAACUGCAAGAAGAUCAACCGGUCCACAAAUCUCCUCCAGAGCUUCAUCCCAUUCCUGCAGCCCGUUGCUGAGGAGAUCCUCCAAGUGUGCAUCGAUCGCUCCCGCAACAUCCUCUACACGCUGUCGGUGAAGGGUUCGAUCAACGUAUACGAUCUGGGCAUCAACGAGAAGACGUGCACGCGAGUGGCAACGAUGGCCGCCGAGCAUAUUAAGCACGUCGCCUCGCAACUCACCAAAGGGCAGCACGACCCCAGCCUCUUCAGCCCGAUCAUCUCCAUUUCGGUCAUCCCGGCCGAGGGCUCGCAUUAUUUGCAUUUGGGCACCGAAGCCACCGAAAUUGACAGACUCUGGAAGACGGUGGGCGACAUCAACUCGUUGGUGCUGCUCCUCUCGUUGCUCUCGUCGGAGAAGCCGAUUGAUCAGGCGCAACAGGAUAAGGUCAUGCGCUUGUUCCACUCGCAAAAGGACCAGCCGGAGAUGGUCGACUACGAUCAGGGCGUGUCGCGCGUCUGGAACGAGGCCAACGACUCGUUCAGGGACUGGACCAAUCGAAUGCCAUCCCCUCUGCGCUCGUCAACACCGUUCGUCGACAAGCGCAUCAGCAACAACUCGUUCAACGGCAUGAGCCCCGGCGGCCAGGACUACUCAUUCGUCCAGGGCUCCUCGACCCAGCAAUUCCGCGCCUCGAAACGCCACGAUGCCCUCUACGCCUAUUUUGCUCGCCUGGUCGUGCCGCUGUGGAAUCAACCCCUUGUUCAAAAGGUUGAGGAUGCGUUGUUUCCAUUGGUUUCGGCGACGACGCUCAAUUGGAUGUCCCACCAGCUGCGGCUCUUCCGCAUGGCCAUCAACGACAACAACCUGAUCGCCCAGCCGACCCCUGCCGUCGACCACAACAACAUGAACGCCAAAUUCCAAGCCGAGGCGUUCGCCCGUGAACAUGCGUCUCUGGUGUCCCUCGCCGAGCUCGUCGACCGCACCCUUGAAGCCCUGGCACUUUGGGCCGAAGCCGUCUCCCACGAGCUCCCAGCCGUCUCUGCCAGUCUUGAUGCCCAGGCCAUUACACAACUCUCUGGCCGUCGCCUCUCCGACCUGGUCACCAACGACACCCACCUCAACCAGUACAUCAUCCGCGGCCUCAUACGCUUCUUCCUGAACGACGAGGCCGGCGCGGGCAUACUGUCGGAGCGGUUGCGCAAUGUUUGCCCGACGUUGUACAGCAAAGAAGACGCGCUGCUGACGAACGCCGUCGAACUGCUCGACCGGGCCCGGCGUUCGGGCCCGAGCCCGCAAACACGCAAGCUCGUCGACCAAGCCGUCGAGUACAUGAAGCAGUCCAUCUCCAAGGUGCCACUUCCCAGCGUCGCCAUCGAGUUGAUGGAGUUAAAAGCCUACGAUUCGUUGGUCGAGCUGGCGAUCCGGCGCGCCGAAUGUGACGACACGUCGAAGCUGGCCGUCGAGGCGUUCCGGAACAACAUCGCCCGCACCGAGGUCAACAAGAAGAUGGCCGACGCCGUCAAUAGAAGGGAAGACGCCUACCGUAUCAUCACGCGCGCUCUUGAAGAAGUCGGCGGCACGGCGGACACGGUGACGGCGCGUGAUCAAAUCAAGCAAGCCGUCUUGGCCAGCGACGACGAGCUCGCCCACGCCACGCUGUUCCGUCCAAUUCGCGGUACAUCGAGGGUUUUGAGUCACGAGAUGGCCCGUGGGGGCAGCUACAAAUACAUCGACUUGUUGUGGAAGUACUUUGAGAAAACGGGCUCCUACGACAAGGCUGCGACGUUGUUGCGAAGACUGGCCGAGGACAAUACAUUCCCCGACAUCACCUUGGAGCAGCGGAUCGCCCACCUGUCGCACGCCAUCAUCUGCGCCGCUUCUGCGAGCGACCCGAAAAUCCGCCAGGGCAUCCAGGAGUUGCGCGACAAGCUCGACGUGGCCAACGUGCAGCUCAGCGCCAAACAAGUCUUGGCGCGUGUCAACACCCCGGAGUACCGCAAGAUUGCCGCCGAGCUCGAUCGUCAGCUGUUUUUGCUACAGGACAUUUGCGAGCGCUACAUCCAGCCCUACGGCCUGCACCGCGUGAUGCUGGCCGCAUUCUCCUGCGCCAACCACUACAAGGAGGACGACAUUCAGGCCCUGUGGAUCGAGAUUUUGGAGCAGGGUCGGUGCUUU